AGUUUAUAUUCGUUACAAAAAUUAUCGAAAUAUUGCGCGUAGUGUCAUCUCUGUGUUUUGUUAAAUUUGUUCUGUAGAAAGUAGUUCUCACGAAAUUAUUUGGAGAAAUUGGCAGAGUUUUAUUAAUAGUAUAAGUGCAUUGGCACGCAUGGGUAAAUUGGAUAUACAUCAACGGAACAAUAUUCGGCUCUGUAUACAAUUUAAAACGUCUUUCGUAUAAUCUGUGCAAAAUAUUGCAUAGCCAAAUGGAUGGUUUAACUCGGUUAUCAAACAGUGCUCAUAGUAAUGGAAACUGUCUUGACCAAACAAAUAUAGGGGGUAAUAUGCAGUUGCAAUCAAAAGCUCAACGCAAUUUCAAGUUACUUUCCGAUCCAGUAUUGGUAAAAGGCGCAAGUAAGAAAUAUCGCUACGAUGGCAUAAUACCGGAUCAAUCAUAUUCAGCUAUUGUACCCAGAGAUCCUCGGAAUCCUAUUGUUCGUAUGCGCGCUAAACCUGUGGAUCCGUUGGUUCUUAUUAUACCAAGAUUUCAAAUUGAUCAAAAUUACGUCGGUCAACCUCCUCCGAUCGAAAUUACGUUAACAAACUUAAAUGAUAACAUAGACAGUCAAUUUUUGUCUGGAAUGAUAAGUAAAUGUGGUCUUUAUGAUGAACUAUUAAUAUAUCACCAUCCAACAACUAAUAAACACCUUGGAGUAGCUCGCAUUGUUUUCGAAAACACUAAGGCUGCCCGCUUAUGUAUUGAAAAAUAUAACCAGAAAUCGGUCAUGGGAAAAGUCUUAAGUGUUUUUCAUGAUCCAUUUGGUAAAAUUUGCAAAGAUACUGUGGACCAAUUAACAACAGGAAAAACAAAACAAAAUUCCAAUAUAUAUGCUUCAAUUAAUUCAUUUACAUCUCAGCCAUCAAGUGCAACACUACAAAACAGCACUACACAUGUUAUUUCGGAAACAUUGCAUGAGUAUAAAAGUCAAGAAAUUUACAAUUCAACAGUUUUACCAAAUUAUCAAAAGUUUCGUAAUGAACGAGAAUAUUCCCAAAACUAUCAACAAACGUAUCGGAAUCAUAUUGCUGACGAAUACCAAAAUCGAGAUUGUAGAGAAAAAGAACGUACCAGGGAAAAAUAUUCAUACCAAUCGUCGUAUGAUCGUACAAAGAAUAAUUACAAUAGGUCUGAGAAUGAUAGAGAACUUUCUAAGGAAAGGAAUAGAGAGCGGGGGAAUCGUCGGGAUCGUGACCGAGAAAGGGAAUACCACAUGUCGCGAGAGAGGGAGCGGGAUCGUGACAGACGGCGAGACAUUGCAAUGGGACGCGAUUAUCGAAAAAGAAAUGUGGAUCGAUGUGAAAAAGACAACAGUCGUAACAGGCUUACAACACAAGGAGAGAGAGAAUAUGACGUACAGAGUAAAUAUAAUAACACAUCUAAAAAUCCUCAAAUUGAUACGUUUUAUAUGCAUCCCGGAUUUCCUAAUCAUUCUGGUCAAAACCUAGGAGCUUCAAUAAAUACUUCGUCGGAACAAAAUUAUACAUAUUCUUCGUAUGGUUUUAAUACCGAAUCUUCUCAAAAUUCUUGGAUUGGGCAGAGGACGUGGACUGCUCCACAACCUCAAUCACAGCCAAGGGUAGAGAUUCCACCGCCACCUCCCCCCGAUAAAACACCUAAUUGGGAUGAUCCGGAGCCUCCCCCACCAGGACAAUCGAGCCCUACAAUUGCCGGGGAAUCACAAAGUGUUAUAAAAUCAAUUCAACCUUCAGAAACUACAGACAACUCAACUUUUGUAGAUAAAAAUGAUGUUACAGAUUUAGGAAAAGUUGAUUUAGAUACAAGAAUCGAAAUGAUGUUUAAAAGAAAAUCAUUCGGAAAUGCUCCACCAUUUCUACAAAUUGAUAGUAGUGAUUCUGAAGUUGAAAACGUGAAAGCGAAGCAAGAUAAUGUUGGAUUGUGUUCUGAAGCUAAUCUGAAAAUAAAAAAGGCGUGUACAAUUAGUAAAAAAUGCAAGAAUGACUCGCAAAUAUAUGAGCAACAUGGUGCAAGUGACAUUUCUUCAAGUGAUGACGAAAUUCUUCAUAAAAAAGAAUCAUUAAGUCCUAUUCAAUCAAACAAAGAAGAUGACAAACAAAAUCGCAUACCCUUGGUGAAUAUACCGUCACAAGAUGGAGUUAAUAAAAAAGAAAAUCGUGGAAGUAUUAAAAUAGAUCUUUCGGCGAAUUUUACUGAAUCAAAUAUAAAGUGCGGUUAUAAAUAUCAUAAUAAUGAAAAUGAAUAUUUUAAACAAAAUCAUGCAUAUUCCUUGCAAAUUCACGCGGAUACAACAAUAUCUCAGAACUUUCCUAACCCUGCAUACAUGCACUCAUCAUAUAUGCCUGGAUUUGGUAGCAUGGCUUACGGAUCAUAUAAUGAUGAUUAUGGACAUUACAACAUUCACCAACUGAGUGGUGACAAUUAUAAAGUAUUUGCCGGUUAUGGGUACAAUCAAAAUGAUCCAUUUAAAAAGCAAAUAGACGCUGUAGUCGAAAGGGUAAGCAAUGAAUUGAAACAAAUACUCAAACGUGAUUUCAAUAAAAAAAUGAUUGAAAAUACUGCUUAUAAAAAUUUCGAAACAUGGUGGGAUGAUCAACUUCAAAAAAGUCGUUAUAAGGAAAGAACUUCUGUUAUAAAUGACAAAAUUUCACAGUUAUCUACUGCAUCAGUGGCUAAAAGUAUUGACAAAGCUCCAGACAUAAACCAGUUGAUUAACAGUCAGUGCGAUAUGUCGGAUUUAAGUUCAUUUACAAGCCUUGGGCUUCGUGCGUCGAUACCAAAAUUACCUUCAUUCCGUCGAAUACGAAAAGAAUCACUUCCUGAGGCUAAGGACUACGAAAAGCAUUUAAGUGAUCAAGAUGAAAUGGUUCAUGGUUCUGAUUCUGAAAAAGAAGAUGUCAAUGGAGAUGGUAAUAACGUCCGUAACAAAUCUGAUAAAAUUGUGACGAGCUCUGAACUUUUACCAAAAGCAAAACGAAAGCCUAGCUCAUCUAGUUUUUCAUCGUCCGAAUUGGAAGAUAGUAGUGAUGAGGGACAUACAAGCGAAGAUAGUAUAUUAUCUGAAGACGAAUUUAGUUCAGAUUCAGAAAAUGAAUAUAAUCGUGAGAAUGGAAAAUGUGAUAUAAACAUAAGGCAACGAAUAUCGGAAAAAUCUAACAAAACAAACAUCGAACAAUCUAUACCUUCGAAAAAUUUCAUAUAUUCAGAUAGCGAUGAUGAACACAGCACAUACCAAAAAAUAAAAGAAAGCAAUCUGAAAUCACCAAAAACGCAAAGAAAUUUUUCUAUUACAUCUGACUUAGAAGACAUUAGUAAAGAUAGUACUAUAACGGUUAAUGAGGAUAGUGAGGAGAAGGUUAAUACAAUUUCAAGUGACAAAUCAAAAUCUGUAAAUGAAAACGGGGCCGCUAACACUGAUAAUUACAAAGUAGAAAAGGUUAAUAACUCCGAAAAGGAAACAAAGAAUGUUUCAAAUUUUGGAUAUGACCGAAUAUAUAGUGACUCAGAGGAGGAGCGAGAAUAUCAAGAACGACGUCGUCGAAACACAGAGUAUAUGGCACAAAUAGAACGCGAGUUUCUCGAAGAACAAGCACUAAAAUUGAACGAAGCUCAAGAUAAAAGUCAAAGCAUUGUAAAAGAUAACAAUGAACUUCUUGUCGUGAAUCCUAUUCCCGAUUUACCCACUCAAACGGAAACAACAACUGAAAUUUUGAUGAAUUCCGUUAAAACAGAAGAAGAUGAAGCUAUGGCGACUAAAAAGAGAGAUAAAAAUAAAGGAAAGAAAGAGAAAAUUGUAUCAGUUCCCUCUUCUAAAUCGAAGAAUGGUGUGAAAUAUAAAAAGAAACAGGAAAUAAAAAGAAAAACUCAAUCAUUUACAGCACCUUUACCUUUGCAACAAAAUGUUGUAAGUAUAAACGAAAUCGAUGGAGAAAAUAUAUUAAAAAAUCAGCAACCAAGUGAUGUUGAGAAUCAAAAACUUCAUUCAAAUGAAGUGUACAAAGAAUUUAGUGAUGAUGUGAAAAUGUCACCGUCUUCUGAUGGUGGUUCAAGUCAAGCAAGUCAGGCUAGUCAAGUUGCGUUAGAGCAUUGUUAUUCUUUACCUCCCCAUGCCGAUACUUCAACAUCCUGCAACCAAAGGAAGAGAAAUACUUCUAAUAGAGAAAAUGAUAACGAAAAUCAGCAAAACUUAGAACAUGACCAUGGUGGUUAUGCUAAUAUUAAUGCUUCACGAAAAAGCACAGAAGAAAUUUUUUCCGAAGAGCAAUUAGCUCAGCGUCAAAAUUCUAAACCUAGACCCGGACGUCCAAGGAAGGACUCUACUAAAGUUCGUAAAAAAAAUUGUAUAACUCAAAAUUCUUACGCUCUUGAUGUGGAAAAAAAGGCUCUACCCAGAGAUAUUCUCCUGCAAAAUUUAGUAUCUCAGUCGAAUUUUAUUCCCGUAGAGCUGUUUAAACCUCGUGAUGCAACUGACGAAUUGAUGGUCCUAUAUGCAUUUCUUACGAAAGGAAUUGACUUUGAAGAUAUAGAAUAUAUUCGAAAAAGUUAUGAAAUGCAUUUACAGGAAGAUACGUAUGGAUUUUGGUUGAAUAACACUCAUUGGGUUGAUCAUUGUAUAACAGACCGUUCUUUUGUACCACCUCCACAAAAAAAACGGAAAAGAGAAGAUGAACUUAAACGACACAAAACCGGUUGUGCUCGUACCGAAGGUUAUUACAAAUUAGAUGUGAGAGAGAAGGCUAAGCAUAAAUAUCAUCAUGCGAAAGCUAAUGUAGAAAAUGCCCUAAGCAUAGAUCGCAAUGAUGAUCAGCUGCAACAAUCCCAUAAUAAGUUGAUUUCAAAAAUGCAAGGAAUUUCACGUGAAGCGCGAUCAAAUCAAAGACGUUUACUUACUGCAUUUGGUUCAAUUGGGGAAUCUGAAUUGUUGAAGUUUAAUCAGUUGAAAUUUAGGAAAAAACAAUUGAAAUUUGCCAAAUCAGCCAUACACGAUUGGGGUCUUUUUGCAAUGGAACCGAUUGCAGCAGAUGAAAUGGUUAUAGAAUAUGUUGGGCAGAUGAUACGUCCAAUUGUUGCCGACUUGAGAGAAUCUAAAUAUGAGGCAAUAGGAAUCGGCAGCUCAUAUUUGUUUAGGAUUGAUAUGGAAACAAUUAUUGAUGCCACAAAAUGCGGUAAUUUAGCUCGCUUUAUUAACCACAGUUGCAACCCUAACUGUUACGCGAAGGUCAUUACAAUAGAGUCUGAAAAGAAAAUAGUAAUUUAUUCCAAACAACCAAUUGGAAUAAACGAAGAAAUAACUUAUGAUUAUAAAUUUCCUUUAGAAGACGAAAAAAUUCCUUGUUUAUGCGGAGCCCAGGGUUGCAGAGGGACUCUCAAUUAAUUAUGAUUUUAGUGCUAAGAUUACCUCAUUAAGUAUCGAUACAUCUAUAUAAGUUUAAAUUUGUGUAAUAUUGUUUAGUCAUAAUGCACUACAUAAAUAUACUUAUUUUUAGUAUUUGUUAAUUUAAUUUACUGUUAUUUACAGUAACUUCUUUGUUAAAUAUCUAGUUCCUUAAAACUGUAUAAAAUUCGUUCAUUGAAAUCCUGUCAAAUAAUGAAAAUUUAAAAAAAAUUUAACCACCAUUGUGUAGUAAAUAGUGGAUUUAAUACAACCAAGGUUUGAAAAAUUAACAAAUGUUGAAAAUUUCAGAAAUUUUGCUCAUUUCUUAUAACCCGCGACAAAUUGAAGGCUUUUGUAUCGAACUUUGAAGAGCUAAGUUUGUGUAUAUAUGAAUAGCAAAUACAAAUUGUAAAUCCAUAGACCAAAAAAUACAUGAUAAUAGAAUAUCUGUGAAUAUGACAGUCUACUAAGUCAAUAGUCGUAAUUUUUUUAAACAAUGCUACAUCGAAAUACACACAUUAUCGCAAAAUCGUGCUUACAUUGGAUAUAUGUGAUCUGUCCACAUUUAACGCACCGCAUAACAUUUGUCGAUGACAUAAGGGUGACAUCCUGAUGCACCUGGGAGGCAGUUCUGUUUUCAGGAGAUGAUUUCAGCAACUGCUGGAUGAGCAGUUCAUCCGGGUUCAGGUGGGUUUCCCCAAGUGCUACCGGUUAGAGAUUUGAGGAUUUGAAAUGUCAUCGUCAUGCUUUUCACAGGUUCGGCGGCAUUAGAAAGGUCCUCCUAUAGGAUCCGGAGUAGCAACGUCUCAAGCGUCUUCACUACUGAGGAAAGGAUAAUUAUCAGGCGAUAAGACUCCCUUUUGUUGACGGAUUUCCCUGGUUUCAAUAGCGGGACCAUUAUUCCGAUUCUCCACAUGUCGAGUAUUUUGAGGGGGCUCAGCGAUAGAUUGAGUAUCUUGCUCCAGACUGAGUAAUUUACUUCUGUUGAGCCUAGGUGUUUUAAAAUUAAAUUAUUUGGCCUUCCUGAUGACAACUUGGACCUCCACUCUGGUGAAAGUAAGUGACGCGCUGUUGUUUGGCAAUUUGCGCAGCCGACUGUUGACACGACUUUUAGCCUUGUCUACCGAAGGGUGUAUAAAUUGCCGGGUAAAAUAGCUCGCGCAUCACUUCGGGCUGGAUGUAGCAUAGUCGUCGAAUUGAAUUUAAAUGCGGCUGAAAUUCCAAUUCAUAUAGUAAUUAUAGGCAAAAAAAUUAGGACACCCCGGUUAUUCGAACUUUUUAACUAUUCAAUUUUUGCUGCGGUUUGCUCAAAAAUUCGAAAUAUUCUAAGAAUUUCACAAAUCAGAUAAUUUAUAUGUACAAUUUUACAUAAAUAUAAAAACACUUAUGAUUUUCCUUGAGCAUAAAGCGAAUUACUGUGAUUCCAUAAAAUUUUCCUUCCCUACUAUAUAGUAUCUUUACAUAUACCCUACUUUACUUCCAUUUACGAGCUUCAGCUUAAGCUGUUAUUUCUUUUUUAUCGACAAUUUUGCGAAGAAGGGGAGAAAUGUCAAAUGAAAAUUAAAAAAAAAAUGGCCGACAGUGAGAGAAAGAUGUGUAAUACAACACAUUUGACGGUUUAUUAUCUCAUUUGGCUAUAUGUAAACGAUUACAUUAUUGAACGAGCUUAGAACGAGAUUAUUUUCAUAAAUAUAAAAAUUGACUACUUUUAAUAAAACAUUGUGUAGUGCAUUAAGUGCUGAACACAAAGACGACGACACGACACGACGUAGCGACGGCUG